AUGGAUGGAAAAGUUGCAGAGCCAUUGGAACAGCCACAGCGUGUGGCACUGAGUACGGUUUCGCUUGACUCAAGCUAUGACCACGAAGUUGAAGAUUCGAUUUCAAGUGAAAGGCUCAACAACCAUCCUUUAGCAUUUUUUGUUGUGUUAAUGGGUUUGAUUUUGCUUGCUGUCUGCCUGGUGAUUGCUCUGGACCACGACGAUAGCAUUCAUAACCGAGAUGCGUUAGAUGAAGAAGAUCCAGCCUUUUCAAUAGUGCCCUCGUCAGUGACAAUCGAUCGACAUCUCAUCUCACCUUCGCAAAAACUAAUUGAGUGGAUAAUUCAAGCACAAGAUGCAAGUCAGAUUGAUAUAGUUGGAAGCAGCAGUAACAUGAGUUGGAGUGGAACUCUUUUUCCAACGAAAAACACCAAUUUCCCACUAUACUUUGAUGCUUUCAUGACUGUAUAUUCCGGAAUCGUGCUACCACGCCGACAGUAUGUAGCACUAGCUAAUGGACGAGGCUAUCAGUGGAUCACAACAUCGUUGGAAAAUGAAGAUAUUAUCACUACAAGCGGAUGUUUGGACAUCAAUCAAAUUGCACUACUUGAUGAAUUUGAUUCUGUUUUAUUGACGGCAAAUUGGGCUUUAUCAUCUGACAGAAGCAUGGUAAAUGUCGUGUUUCAAGGUGUAAAGUAUCGUAUGUCAAAGAUGAAUGACGAUUUAGAUUUCUUAAUGGUGAAAGAUGCUGGUUGCUGGUUAAUUGAGAGUGAAGAUGCCGAUGUCAAUUUUAAUGCCUGCAUUUCAAAUCGUCGAAAUCUUCUUUCAAAAUCAAUUUUUAAAGACAUUUUGAAAGCAACGAGUGAAUGUCCACAAUUUGCAUGGAAGAAUAUUAACUCAAUGGGGCUCACGAUACUGUUUGUUCCGCUACCGUUGAGAGGUUGGUAUGCGAGCUACCUUUAA